AUGAACAACAUCAAAGAAGAAAAAGAUAAAAGAAAUAAUAAUAUUAAUAAUGAUAAUAGUAAAAUAGAUGAAAGACAAAGUUGUGUAAUCAGUAGAGUAUUUAAAGAUAGAUAUCUACUCUAUUCGAUAGUUCAAAGAAUAAGAAGAGAAUGUUUGGUAUUGGGUGCUAUGAUGCCAGAAAAAAUACCGUCACCGAUACGAUAUCAUUGGGUUCCUAUUGACCCCUUGCUCGUCAUCAUUAAUCGUCAAUAUAAUCUCCUUAUCGAUUAUAUAAAUGAUAUAAAACCAUCCAAAAAGAAACAAAAAACAACCAAAAAAUCAAUAACAACUCCAACAACCACAACAACAACAACUACAACAACAAUACUAAAAAUAUUUUUAAAAACAAAUCAAUCACCCAAGUUACCUUGGAUAUGGGAAUUGAUUAGAUCAUAUUUCACCAAUGUAAAUGUACAAAUAUUGGAUGAUAUUAUUCAAGAGAUUGGAGUAAAGGCACUGUUGGAGACAAAGGAUGAUGGAAAGAGGUUGAUCCCACCAACUACUCAAUAUUUGGUAUCAUAUGUUGUCAAAACCCUAGACUUGGAGAUGAUUAAGAGAAUCUAUAAGAAUCCUCUUGAAGGUGCUUUGAAAUCACACAACAAAGAAUUUGUUUCAAAGACGAUAAAGAGUGUUGAUAUGAAAGGUGGAAUCCAAGCUUCUCACAAUUACAUUUUCCCCUUUCUCUCCAGACAAAAUAUCAACCUAGACGACGAAAAUUUAUUAGAAAAUCUCAAGUCAUUGGUCGAAUGUAUCCAUAUGGUACAUCCAGAUAUGGGUAACCUAAAUGAAACCAUUCACGAUGCUAUUGGGUAUCCAAUAUCAUCACCACCAUCGAUUCCCUAUUUCAUUUUAUGGUUGUUUCAAUAUUUGAUAUCGACAUCAUUAACAUUCACACAUGAAGAUAAAAUGGUUCGUUUAGUCAUUUCGCUAUUCCCUAAAACCGACGACAACAACAAAAAGAUGAAUAUGGUCAAUUAUUGUGUCUCGACUUUUGCAUUCUCAACCAUAUGUUCCUAUGGAUCAUUAGAGUUUGUACAACAAUCUUAUCAUUAUAUAUUGGAAAAUAAGCAAGUAGCCAAAGGAUUGGAUUCAACCGAUACAAAAGUGUUGGAUUUCUUGAUUGGUAUUUUAAAGAAACAAGAAUCGGAUAUGGAUGAUCACGGUCAUUUAAAAUAUUUUAGUAUCGAUCUUCACCCCGACGUUAUUUCAUCACUGUCCACUGCUUUAUCUCCAUCCCACAACGGGCCACUCUUUGAAUAUUUUGUCAAUCAUGUGACCGAGAUAUUGGAUAUCUACUCCUAUGAAUGGGACUUGGAUAAACGGGAUAUGAAAGUUGUUUUGUGGCACGGGCAUUUCAAAGAGGCCGAUAUAUUGCUCAAAAGAGAAGUAUUGUACCGUAUCGACACCAAAUUAACCAAAGUAAAUAGUUUGACGAUGGCUAGUUAUUAUAAAAAUCGCGAAACCGUUGAACCAUGUUUUGGAUCAAAGUCAGACUGUGAUGCAAACAUUGCUUUUGCCAAUGAAGAAAUACUUUCAAAAGUAUUUAAAGAUAGAUAUUUAUUAAAAUUGAUUCUAUCAACAAUAAGAAGAGAAUGUUUGGUGUUUGAUGCAAGAAUGCCGAUUGUACAACUUGAUGAUGAACAAGGUGAAGAUGAGAACACUCCACUUGGCAUAAUGGACCUUUAUACAAAGUGUGAACGAUACGUCAUCCCAAUCCGAUACCAGUGGCUCAAGGUCGAUCCUUCAAUGGCCGUCCACAACAAUAACCAUGCCUUGUUUCUCGACUACAUCGGUGCAACCCCAAAAGAACAAUACAAUGGUAUCUUUAAAGAAACGAUAAAGGCCUUGCCAAAGAUAGUCUCUCCUCUUUACACUGCUCGUCUAUUUCAACUCUUCUCUCAACAAUUUAAACAACACUUUCAAAUCAAUCGAAGUAAUCCAACAAAAGAGUCAAUUACAGCCAUCAACAAUUACUUGACUUCAACAUUAUCACCAUCUCAAGAUUUAUGUUUAGAAACUUGGAAAAUAAUUAAUAACUUUAUCAACUCUAAUUGUUUAAUCUUAAAUGAUCGAGAUGAUGGUGACAAUCAACAACAACAACAACCAGUACAACAACAACCAUUAACAAUGGUUCAACGUUUAACAAUGAUGAUGAACAAAAACAAAGAAAAACAACAACAACCUCUUCUUGCAACAACUAUACUACAAGUAUUGAUACCACAUCGAGAAGGUGUACUUGACGCAUACUCUUAUGUUUUAGAAUUGAUUAGAGUGUGUAUCAGAUCGAAUCAAUUAGAAAUAUUAGAGUAUAUCAUUCAAGAUAUUGGAAUGGAUGGAUUUAAAAGGAUACCAGUUGAUCAAUUCAAUGUACAACUCACCGAUCCAACUCAAGUUGAUAUUGUAUCGUUUAUAUUUAAACAAUACGGAUUAGCAUUUGUCAAUCGAAUCUUUUCCGAUCCAUUUUACGAAGCACUGUCAACUCACAACAAAGAAUAUGUUUCAUUGGUUAUUGCCAGCAACCAUACAAAGGACCAUACCAAUUUACUUGUAUCAAUUCAAACCUAUUUAAAUAAUUUUCUGUAUAUUAAACUUUCUCCAGCUUCAUGCAAAGGAAAUAUACUAGAAGGUUUGGGAACAUUGGUUGAAUGUUUGGAAUUAAUUAAAAUCAGUGGUUUAUCCUCUAAAAAUAUUCAUAAUACUAUUGGAUAUCAAUUAGUAUCACCACCAUCUCAACGAUCCAUUUCAUAUUAUCUUUUAUGGUUAUUAGAAUAUAAUAUACAAGUUCAUAAAAUAGCUCAAGUGAAACAAAAUCCAUACCAAGGUGGUAUAUCUAGUCUUGUCAUUACCCAUUUCCAAAAAAACAGUAAUAAUAAUAAUAAUAAUAAUCAUAAUAGUUUAAUAUACCUUUUAAAAACAUGUGGAUUCUCUUCUAUUUGUACUCAUGGGUCAUUGGAAUUGGUUCAAGAUUGUUAUCAAUAUUUGGUAUCACCAAAUCGAGAUCGAGAAAUUGAUCUUUUAGAUACUAAACAUCAUGGUAUCACUUUACAAUCUACAAAUAUUCAAGUAUUACAAUUCUUGGUUGGUAUUUUAAAACAACAACAACAAAAAAAACAAAAUGAACCAACAAUUGGAAUUAAUGUAGUAGAAACAUGUUUUGUUAUACUAAAUUUAUUAAAACCAACUAAAAAUAUUAAAUGGGAAUUGGUUGAAUAUUUGAUAAUGGAAGUGACCGAUUUAUUUGGGCCAGAUCAAUUUUGGACAUUAUCAUUUCAAACACUUCAAUAUAUUUUAUUGAAUGGUCGGUUUGAUUUAAUGGACAAGUUAUUAAGAGUACGUCCAAGUUUAAGAGAAGAAUUGUUCACUCGAAACAUUGAAGUAAAUAGUUUAGAGAUGGCACAAUACGUUAGGGAGGAUUGUAUAGUUCCCAUAUUCUCUAAAAAUCAUCAUAGAAAUGUUUUAUUGGUAAAUGAUUUAUACAAGCUAUCAUCGGCAUUAAACAAAGAGAAAUUCCUGUCGAUGGCAAUCACAUCACUUCAAGCACCCAUCAUUAAAUAUAUGUACCAAUACCAAGGAAUCACCAAUCCUCCCAAAUGUAAUAUAGAUCAACUAAUGAGAGCCAAACAAUUCCAAGUUGUAGAAUCCCUAGUCGAUUGUAAUAUACCGUUGGAGAUUAUCUCUAUCGAUACUUGGAAGAUUGUUGGAACUUAUGGAUCACCCAAAUGGAUCGACUUGCUCAUGACAUACACUAAAAACAUAAUGCAAAGCCCGUCUGAUCUACAAAACUACGUAGAUUCUCUAGUGAAUGGUCUUAGAUGGAAUAUAGAUCAAUCAAAUAUAUUAGAUUAUUUAUCAAAUCAUACUAUAUUAAAGAGUAAAAUUAAUCUAGAAAUUCUAUCAAGUAAACAACCUCAACAAACUAGAUUUCGUGUUGUACACACAAUGUUUUAA